AUGGCGGAUUGGCACUCGUUCCUGCAGAGGGCUUGCCGUGUAUCCUUCCAAGCCAGUCAGUUCCAUGCUGCCGACCGUCUGGGGGUGGCGCCUCACGACGAGUUCGUGCUGAAUAUGCCGUUGAUGGAGGUGUUACGAGAUCAGAUGGAAGUUUCGCAGGCGAGGAAGGAAAGGAUAAUAGACGAGCUGAAAGACUGGAGUUUGAAGGGCAGCAAGCGAAAGUCGAUUUGGGUGCCUUUGAUCCAGUUGACAUGUUUCGUGUAUUUCCGCGAUGCUGAGGGUGAUCAUCGAUGCAGAAAAGCAAGGUUAGGAUUAUUCUCAGAACUUGGGAACAUUAUUCUCGGUGUUCUCGUUGGGGACAUGUACGUGUGUGGAGCCAUGAGUUGGUCUGCAUUGGAGAGGUUUGAAAUCCGAACGGAAGCCAUAGAUUCGACGGAUGUGUGCGCUGAAGAUUUGAUAAACAUUGCCUCAUGUGCUGCUCCAGUCCCCUAUUCUUAUAACAAGAUGUCUUGUAUGCAGUGUUGUCCGUCUACCACCGCCGCCGCUGCCAAUGCGUUCACUGCCAAUGCGUUCCGUCCGAGUAGCCCGAAUAAUUAUAGCGAGGUACCCUCACCUGCCUGCCGCAACCUUGGCGAACGGUGGAAACGACGGACUCGACAUCUAAGGAUGCUUCGCAGCUCAACCAGGCCCGCUAGUGGCUCCGGUCAAGGAGGCAGGUCUCCUUCACUCAGGGCGCGCUGGAUGGCUUCGCUUAAGUCCACCCUGGCCGCAGAGCAACGUGAUGGUUACGCCGCCAAUUACCAAUUCUGCAAAUGGAUUUCUGACUCUAAUACACACCGCCAGGCUAGACUCAUUUUCACCGACAACAAAGAGUGCCUGUUCACAUUUCCUUCUGGACGUGAACUCGCCAUCUUCUGUCAAAUGGUGACCCUUGUGAUGAUCUUUCAACAAUCAGAGGUCCUGAAAAUCACUACCCAUCACUAA